UUGUGUAAAUGUUCGUCCUAUUAUAAGCCACCAACCUUCACUGUGUCACCAGAGGAACAACGUCUUAAUAUAUUCCAGACAACUACAACGCUAUGAUGUCUUUAAUGUCUGCAACUAGGCUGAUUGGUGGUGUGUGUAGAGCCGCCAUCCGCCCAUCAGUCGUAGGGGCGGUGUCAGCUCGUGGCUACCGUGGGGAUGCGCCAGAGCCCAAAAUGAUUGAGAUCCCUCUGCCUCCGUGGGUCGAGAAGGCAGAUGAGCCCAUUGACAUCAAGCGGAAAAGACUCCUAUACGAGAGCAGGAAGAGAGGCAUGUUGGAGAACUGCAUAUUGCUAAGCUUGUUUGCCAAGGAGUACUUGAACACCAUGAACGCGGCCCAACUUCUUCAGUAUGACCGACUGAUUAACGAGCCAAGCAACGACUGGGACAUCUACUACUGGGCAACAGAGACCAUGCCAACCCCUGAGGUGUACCAGGGAGAGGUGAUGGAUCUGCUGAGGGAGUUCACCAAGAACCGGCACCACGAGCAGCGUCUGGACGCUCCAAACCUGGAAUACCUGGACGAGGAGAAGAAAUGAGGUGGCCUCAGGCCCCUUAGCAGAGACUCAUACGUGUACAUACUGUACUCCCGUACGCAUAUGGCAUAAUCGUAAUUGUGUCUUGCUGUUGAGGGAUUCACACAAAAUGUCUGCCUACACCUCCACCCUCACCUCACCUGAGGCUUCAGCUGUCCUAUGUGUCCUAUGCCUUUUAGAAACCAUUUUUGGUUUGUUUGAAGGGAGCUUGUAUGUUUUAUCACAUACACACACGUCUAUGGAAAUGAACUGAUUUGACUGACUGACUGACUCACUUACUGACUGACCGACAUGAUAUCAGUAUGAAAGGGACUAUGUUGACUUAUUUAUGUAAAAAGUGGUGUGGCAAGAUGCCAUACCUGCUGACAAUGUGCAUCAAUGGGAAAUGCAAUGUAUAUAAUUGCUUGUAUAUCUUGUUGAAAUAAUUAUUAUUGAAAUAAUCAUUUGCAAACCCGCUUUCAAGAAUGAGUGGUGUUUGAAAUGUAUCUGGUGUGCUUUUUCCCAUUAGCCCAUUUAGUCAAUUAAAAGACUAUUUUUGAUUUUAUACAA